AUGGCCUCCAGAGCAAUCAGCGCAGCGAAACUGCUCAGCAAGAGAUCACACGUCAUUCCAGUCUCGGAGCUCUUUUUUGAGGUCCCUAAGGAUUACAACAACCAGUCUUCAGGUGUUCUUCAGCUGUUCGGCAAGAGUGUCACCAAGCACGAGAGGCCCAUCGUCGCUCCCAACGAGGCCGAGAAGAAACAGGCUGAGCAGAAACCAUGGUUGGUGUUCCUACAGGGAGGACCUGGUUUUGGUAACCCAGAGCCUCAAGACAGUCCUGUCACCCAUACAGCCCUGGAGCGCGGUUAUCAGGUCCUGUUUCUGGACUAUCGAGGAGUCGGGCUCAGCUCGCCGGUCUCCGCUGCCACCCUGGCUCUCCAGGGCAAUGCCCAGAAGCAGGCCGAUCACCUCAAGUUGCUCCGUCAGGACAACAUUGUCAAUGACCUAGAAGCUGUUAGAGCGUGUCUGACCCACGACUUCCCCGAAGAGAAAAAGAAGUGGUCUCUCUUCGGCCAGUCGUUCGGCGGCUUUGUCUCUCUGACUUACCUUUCCAAGUUUCCCCAAGGUCUGCGAGAGGUCUUCCUCACUGGCGGACUUGCACCUGUUGGUAAGAGGCCUGAGCAAGUGUAUGAGGCAACCUUCAGGAAGGUCGCGGAGAGAAACAAGGCCUACUAUGAGAAAUACCCUGAAGACAUCGAAUCUGUCCAUCAGGUGGCCCGUUUCAUACAGGAAAACAAGCAGGUUGAUCUUCCUGGUGGCGGGCUCAUGACCAUCCCAAGACUUCUCACCCUGGGAAUUGCUUUUGGUGCUCACGGUGGGCUUGACUCGGUACACUCGACCAUAUUUAAGUUGAAGACGGACCUCGAUCAAUUCGGCUUUUUCACGCGUGCUUCCCUUACAGACUUUGAGCAAGCCACAGCGUUUGACAGCAACAUAAUAUACGCCAUCUUGCACGAGGCAAUUUACACUGAGAAGCCGGGCAUUGCGUCCAACUGGGCAGCUUAUCGGGUCGGCAAGGCUAUAAAGGAGUUCUCGUGGUUGGAGCAAGAGCCCACGAUUUCUGAAUACACAGGCGAUCCUCUGUACUUCUCAGGCGAGAUGAUCUUCCCGCUUCACUUCGAGACAUAUCCGGAGCUGAUCAAACUACACGAAGCUGCCGAGAUCCUUGCCAAGUUUGACGAGUGGCCCGACCUGUAUGACCAAGAGCAGUUGCGAAAGAACACGGUCCCAGUAUACGCUGCUGGUUACAUCGAUGAUAUGUAUGUCGACUACGAAUUCGCCAAGGAAACCGCGGCCCUCGUGAAAGGGACCAAGGUUUAUGAGACGAACCAACUCUAUCACUCGGCGCUGCGUGGUAGGACAGGGGACGUUAUGCGGGAGCUUUUCAGGCUGAGGGACGACCCUAUCGAUUAG